AUGGUUGAUUCACUUGUCUCGAUGGCAGUGGAGAAGUUGAACACCAUCCUCCAAGAUGAGGUUGCUUUGUUAGUGGGUGUCACAAAUGAGAUCGAAAGGCUUUCUAGUACAUUCACCUUGAUUCAAGCUGAGCUUGAAGAUGCCGAGUCUCAGCGUGUGAUGCAGAGAGCUGUGAAGAUCUGGUUGGAGAAGGUCAAAGAUGUGGCCUACGAUGUGGAUGACAUACUGGAUGAGUGGACAACGGAAGCUCUAAGAUCACAAGAACCUGAUGAAGGUGAUGGGUCCUGUUUCAACAAGAAGAAGGAAAGGGGGUGUUUGGAUCGCAAGAUAAAGGAGGCACAGAAAGGAUUAUCUUCUAUUGCUGAAGAGAUGAGUCAAUUGGGUCUUAGAGUAGAGAGUGGAGAGAGGGAGAGACUAGAUAGUAAAGUAAGAUGGGGUGAGAUUAGAGAGCGAGAGACAAGCUCCAUACUCGACCAACCGUCAAUUGUAGGUAGGGAAAAUGACAAAAAUGAAGUCCUAGACUUGCUGCUGAGGGAGACUAGUGGAGAGGUAAAUGAGGUGCCCGUUGUCAUUUCUAUUGUUGGAAUGGGGGGCUUGGGCAAUACCACCCUUGCUCAGCUCAUCUACAAUGAUAAGGAUGUGAAGGGGCAUUUCCACAUGAGAAUGUGGCAUCGGCAUGCAGAAGAGCGUUCAGAGUUGGAAGAGGUUGGAAGGGAUAUCAUAAAGAAGUGUGGAGGGCUGCCUCUCGCAGCAAAGACAAUGGGGAGUGCCAUGUGCUUGAGAAGGACAAGAGGCCAGUGGGAACUUGUCUUGGGUAGCCAGAUAUGGAACUCAGCUAAUGUCUUGGGAGGCAUUUUACCAGCUUUAUUACUAAGCUACCAUGAUUUGCCUCCUACUCUAAAGCAGUGCUUCACCUAUUGCUCUGUUUUCCCAAAAGAUUGGUCGAUCAACAAGGAUGUGACAGUCAAGUUAUGGGUGGCCCAAGGUUUCAUUCGCUCCGAGAGAAGUGGAGAAAUGGAGGAAAUCAGCAAACUGUAUUUUGAUGAUUUGUUAAGGCUCUCCUUACUCCAAGAUGCAGAAAUGGAUAGUGAUGGUAACAUAUUCAGGUGCAAGAUGCAUGAUUUAGUUCAUGAUCUUGCGCAAUCUGUUGCAUGA